AUGUUCCGCUGGCAGAAGAUCCACCGGUCUUCCAUCAAACCGCUAUAUGGUGGGGUUCCCAGUCCUCCUCCUUCGGGCCCACCGCCACCAGUGGCGCCACGUGCGCCGGAGGAGCUGCCCGAGGGGGAUUUGUUCAUGGUGGUACCAGGGCCAGCCCCUCACAGCAGCUGGACCCCCCGGUUUGCUGACCACUGCACCGUUCUGUCCUCCGCUGUUGCCUUAGUGACUUGUAACCGGACCGUCCCCCCCUCUCCCUUCCCCUCUCCUCUCCAGUGUCACCCGAUCCGCCCCGCUGGCCUCACCCGCUCCACGGUCUCAGUUACGGGGGUGAGGCGUGCCGGUCCGGGCCGUGAGCGUCAGGGACAAUAG